AUGAACGUAGAACAUGACAGUUCUAGUGACGUCCCAGCUCCCGAAAGAAACGAAGAAGACGAUGAGUUACAACCCAUUGCCGAGAAAAAACGCAACUAUACAAAGCGUCAGAAAUCAAAGAAAUGGGUGGAACGUGAAGAGUUGGAUUUGGCUAGGGCAUAUGUCGAUGUUUCUGAAGAUAAACAACGUGGAAAUCAACAAAGUUCAGAUGCAUUUUGGGAGCGGGUUCUAGAACAUUUUAAUGCUCAAAUGGGAGGUUCGGAUCAGUCAUGA